AUGGCGACGGCCGACUUACCAUGGGCAUCCAAGCCCGUCGAGAUUCACUGCGACAUGGGCGAGGCAUUUGGCAACUGGACCAUGGGUGAGGACGAGGCGAUCAUGCCGCACAUUGACUCCUGCUCCAUUGCGUGCGGCUUCCACGCCGGCGACCCCAUGGUCAUGUACAAGACCGUCAAGGCCGCCCAGUGCCACAACGUGCGCAUCGGGGCGCACCCAUCGUACCUCGACCUACAGGGCUUCGGCCGACGUGAGAUGAAGAUGGACGAUGUCGAGUGCGAGAAGAUGGUGAUUUACCAGAUCGGCGCUCUCAAAGCAUUUCUCGACAUUGAGGGAAUUCCCCUCUCACACAUCAGCCCCCAUGGAGCACUCUACGGCGUCAUGUGCAAAGACAAGACGAUAUGCGAAGCCGUCUGCCGCGCGGCAAAGCACUUUACCUCGGCCGACGGCACACCAGUCCCCAUGAUUGGCGCGGCGAGCACGCUCAUGGAGACGACGUGUGCGGCAAUGGGCAUACCGUUUGUGCAGGAGAUUAUCGCCGAUCUGGAAUACGACGCGAAUGGUGACUGCAUCAUCUCGAGGACGCACGACGCGGUCGACGUGGGCGCGUUGAGGACACGCCUCGGGAAUGCGCUCCAGACUGGCCGCAUUGCGUGCAGGGAGGGCGAGAGCCAGAGUGUCGAUCUGAAGCUGGGUGGUGCACCGCUGAGCCUUUGCAUUCACAGCGACACCCCGGGGGCGGUCGAGGUGGCGGACGCGGUCAAACGCGUGGUUCGGGAGUUUAAUGCGCAGCGGUUUGGUAAUGAAUGA